ACCAUCCGCCCGUUGAUCGACGGGAUGCGCCGCAUCAGCGAAGAACUGAACCAAACAAGUUACAAAACGACGCUCUCCCUGGCUCCGUACAAGGUUUCUGUCGUUGCCUUGAACAGAGUGGGCACGUCGCCGCCCCAGACCAUCGCCAUAGCAGCCGGUCAGCACCAAGGUCCACCCAACCUGAACCUUAGUGUGGUUGAUAACCACACCCUGAGAGCCUCAUGGAGUGAUCGCAGCACCAGCUUCUACUGUGCCAUUCUCGAGCUGGUGUCUACAGAAACCAUCCAGCACAACCGAUGCCUAUCCAUCAAGCACCAGGAACGCAAGAAGAAUAAUGGUCUCCCUAAGUCAACAGGGCCACAAGGGACUGCGGACGCAAGGACAAUGGAGUUUGUAGGCCUGGAGCCGCUGAGACGUUACCGCCUCACCGUUUACAUCAAGGAUUUAAAGGAGAAGAAAAAGUGUCGCGGAAAGACUGGCUCCACCAUUGGGUCCGUCACUGCCUGCACCCAGGAACAGCCCCCAGCCCAAGGACCCAGUGUGGUCAACGUGACCAGCAUCAUGAAAAGCUCCACGUUCAUCACGUGGAAGGGAAUCUCGUUGGGAGAGUGCGAGGGGGUCCUGCAGAAAUACCUCAUCAUCUAUACUGACGGUCGGAACCACACGCACACCGCUUCUGUCAACGCCUCGACCAUGAACUUCACCCUGACGAACCUGAAUGCCUCCACCUUGUACACAGUGAAGGUCUGUGGCGUCUCCAGUGUUGGGCAAGGAGCCGGGACGGUUCGAACCUUCCACACUGACUACGAUCGCAGUGAGCCCGUCGCUAUCACCGUGGCGACAUCCUUAUCCGUCAUGUUUGGGGUCUUCAUGAUGGUUUCUCUCUGUUACCUCUCCAUCAAAAGAAUCAAGCGAAUGAUCUGUCCCGUGGUCGCUGACCCAAUCAACAGUCUUGCCGUCAAGCCCAUGCCCAUCUCUGACUACGUCAGUCAAUGGGAGACAUGUUCCGCCGAUGAAGACGUGAUGGAUGCCCUGCUUGUCAUGGUGAUGGCCCAGCAUGGAGCCCCUUCGCCCGAUGUGCCAGCGGCGGGUUGCACGGAGCCCGUCACCGAGGGCAGCGGGUCUGUGGGCGACAGCGACUCGCUGGGCUUUGGCAGCGGCUCUACGUUUGCCUAUCGGCGGCAGACGGGCGGCCCGUCAGCCCCGGAGACACAGUGCGGCGCCGAUGACUGUGUGGAUGAGCAGACCGAGGGCCAAGGACCAGCACUGGAACCCGCUCACCUUCCCCCUUGGGACCCCCAACCUUGCCCGGACUCUGGGCUCAACCCCUGCGGGAACAUGAUCUCUUUGCUGUCUGUUUACGAUCAGACAGUGGUGGAACAGGAUCCGGCAGGGAGUCAUGUUCACUCCUAGUGUGUACUGGGCACACACACACACACGCACUCUCCCUCUAAUCGGGGCUGCAAGGGUACAUGGCCUCUAUCAUUGAACUUCAUGUUCUGGGCCCUACAGACCACCGUGGUUCAGGCCUGGUUCGCCAGGCCGAGAAGUAGGUGCCUAGCGGGCCGCUGCCUCGAGUGGGGAAGCUCAGAAACCCCGAAGG